UAUCAAGUUCAUUUCUUUCGGUAUAUUCCAAACUUGUGUCAUGUUUCUCGGUGACAGACAAGCACAACUUAAUCUUGUUUUUGUGGCACAGCACACGUAACCUACGCCGCAAGGACUCCCAGAUGGCCAUGUGCUUGCUCUCCACGAUAAGGCUAUGGGGUCUACUCCCACAUGCUUUGCACCAGCCAGACCCUUGAGUUUCCUUCCUUCCUUCCUGUUAUUGUCCCCCUGUGCAUCUUUUCGAUCCGGCUGCUGUACCUUCCUCCUCAGAAGCCUUCGAGGACCUCGUCGGCUAAUACCGAUACUUCGGUUUCGCCACGGAUCUUGGGUUAUCGAAUCUAAUGCUGUCAGUUCUUCACCUCGGACGUUUUAUUGAGGGCCAACAAUUACAUGUCAUGAUCAUCU